AUGGAGUCGCUGAUCAAACAUCCAAUGUCCUCUCAUAUCAAACACUCAUCAAAUGACUUCGCGGGAAUUGCUAUAGGAGUCGUUCUCGAGAGUGAUGGAGGUUCGGAAAAGAUCUGGUCCGGGCUCAGACAACCCGGCGUUUUGUUGGCCUACACACCGACUCUUGCAAACGCGUUAAUGGCGCUUGCCUUUACCCAAGCGGCCGUGAUGUUCUUCUGGGUCCAAGCAACAACGCCGUUACCAGGUGAGUUCCGGCAUUUCUCGGCUGUCAUUGUCGUUGUAUUGCCGAACAGUACCAUUGAUCUUCCGUUUGGCAGUUUAGCUAUGGCGUCUUGGGGACCCAUUGGGCAAUUCGCUCCCGGAUUCUUGGAUAUAGUCCGCGACUUUAUAAACAGAGCGCCCAUUCGGAUGAGAGGGGCGUUCGGCUUCGACGUUAUUAACUGUACAGAACUAAGAAACAGCUCGGAUACAUAUGACCUUGAUUGGCCGACGUACGAUUCCCAGAGACUACAUCCUGAACAGAGGAAAAACAUCAUAUUUGAGACCUCCGUAAGGCCAUUUUAUGACGACGAUCUUAUAAUGAUUCAAAUCACCACAAGACGGAAAACUGAUACCGAAUGCACCGGUAUGUUGCUUACGCAUACAUGCAAUCUUAACCCCGGAGCAGACCUAGACUAUCCAACGGCGGUAAACACCAUGUUUCCACUUUGGCAAUUGGGAGCUUCACUCUUCAACUCCACCUCUUGGAUGCAGGAUUCCUAUGAUCACAGUUAUUCGGCGAACUACGAAGGUCUUGUUGCCAGCCUGAGUGCUGCAAAUGGGACCACCGCUGAAUUCGGCUCGCCGUGCUAUCACUACUUCAACGAUCCCAUGGAUUAUAUCAUCGACACUUACCGCGAAAUAGCCUUUCGCGUGUCUGUCCGUGCCGCUGCCGGCCCUUCCAACAACGAAUAUUUCGCAGGCAAAAGUAGCAGCGUACAACAACUACCCGAUCUUAUGCAAAAAGGCAUUCCAUACACACUCCACUCCACCCAAGUACAGUAUGCCGCUGAUCGUCCAGCCCUGGUCCUCGCAGUCAUAGUCAGCCUUGUCGGACCAGUGGCGAUUCUGUUCCUUUUCUGGGGCUGGUGGAAGCUGGGAAGAGAUUUCUCCAUGAGUCCUCUCAAACUUGCCAACGCACUUCUUCAACAGCAGGGAAAUUCCAGAGCUGAACAAGCAGAUGAAUUUGGCCCAGCGAACAUUGAUGGAUCAGUCGGGGACGAUAUAACCAUCCAGGACGAGACAGCCACCGAAAUGACACAUAUGAGUUGUAACAGCGUCAGUGGCAGUGAUAUCGAUCAGCAAAAAGGCCAACAUUUGGCCAGUGUCUUCGCCGAUUGCAGCGGCAACGCUACAGCUGACGAACUGGCCAAGCAUUUCAGCCAGCUCAGCCAAAGGAAGAAGCCCAAUGACGGAAUUGAAAACGAAGAGGAAGAAGGAGAGCCGAUAGUUCAGUAUGGUGUGGUUGAAAGCGGUAACGGCGAGUAUCUUGGUUUCGCAAUGGUGUCCGGCUCUCAGGAGGCUGCUACUGCUGUGCGUCGACCUUGGAAAGGGGAGUUGUUGUAA